AUGGCUCAAGACGGCCCCUUAUUCAAGUAUAGCUUCACCAACAAGCUCUACAAAGAGUCCUUGAUCAAUGGAAUUUGCCUAAUUGCUGGAAUAUCAAUCUUCUUCUUUGGUUAUGAUCAAGGCUUAAUGGGUGGUAUAAACACUAACCGCGACUACGCUGAGUUGAUGGGAUUCGGGCAUUUUGACGCCCAGCAAAAUAAUGUCAUCGUUACGAAGCCUUUGCUUCAAGGGAGCAUUGUUGCGGUUUACUACCUGCCCGGUACUUUAUGUGGCUGCUUUCUAGGUGGCUGGAUGGGCGACCAGUAUGGUCGCAUUAGCACAAUUGGAAUGGGAACCAUCUGGUCUGUUGUUGGCGCAUGUUUGCAGUGUUCUGCUCAAAAUGCGAAUUGGAUGUACUGUGCCCGUGUCUUCAACGGCAUUGGCACUGGUAUACUGAACGCUAUCACCCCUGUGUGGGUAGCUGAAACAGUGGGCCAUACAUCUAGAGGCCAAUUCAUCGCUAUGGAAUUUACCCUCAACAUCUUCGGAGUUGUCGUUGCAUACUGGCUUGAAUUCGGCACCUCCAAAUACUAUGAUCCAGAAUCAUCAUUCAUUUGGAGAUUUCCUAUCGCCUUCCAAAUCGUUCCCCUUAUCGUCCUUGCCGUGGUAAUCUGGCUUAUGCCCGAGUCUCCUCGAUGGCUCAUUAAAGUUGGCCGUAACGAAGAAGCGCGUUACAUUCUAGAACGUCUGCGUGGCGAUGAAGGAGAAGAUGGUGGGCUGGCAGCAUGUGAAUUCCACGACAUUGUGAACAUCAAUAAUAUGGAAAAAGACGCAUCUACAGAGCAAAGUUAUUUUCACAUGCUUUUUGGCAUAGGUUCGGGGAAGCUUCACAUAGGUCGCCGCGUGCAGCUGGUCAUUUGGCUGCAAAUUCUACAGGAGUGGAUUGGUAUUGCCGGUAUUACCAUAUAUGGUCCUACUAUUUUCCAGCUAGCUGGAAUCUCUCUCGAGGACCGUCUGUGGGUAACGGGUCUGAACAACAUAACAUAUAUGUUUGCGACAUUGAUAUGCGUUUUCACGGUGGACCGUAUUGGUCGACGCUGGACAUUAUACUGGGGUGCAGUCGGGCAAGGGAUAUGUAUGUUCAUUGCAGGGGGCCUUGCCCGCGCUACUAUUGAAGCCAGUCCCAGCUCUCGCCAAGGGCUCGGUGCCGCAGCUACAGUCUUCGUUUUCCUUUACACUAUGAUCUUUGGUGCCACCUGGUUAACGGUUCCCUGGUUAUAUCCGGCUGAGAUUUUCCCCCUUCAAGUCCGCGCUCGUGGUAACGCAUGGGGGGGUGGUUGGAUGGUGCUGCUUCUACCGACCAUCUUUGAAAAACUCAAUGAAAAGACCUUAUAUAUCUUUGGUGGGGUUAACUUCUUGUGCAUUCUCAUUAGUCAAACCAGAGGACAUUGGAAGAAAUGGAUCUCGUUUUUGCGAGCGACAGCAUUUGGAACUGGGACGCGGAAAAAAAAGUUUGCUGAGCUUAAGGCUGAGCAUCCGGAACUUACGCAGGCAGAGAGGCGAAAUAGCGGCAAUUUUGAGGUAGAGAAGGGAGUUUUGCGACAUUCAUGCGAAGAGUCUCGCAUUGAGAAUUGUGGUUAG